AAAACAAUUAUUAAUAUAUCAAUAUUGUCCAUCAUUCGUCGUAGUUUUCUUGUUUUUAUAUGCAGGGAUUUGGUGUGCACUUGCUGCACCAUUUGCUCUUUUGUGUGUGUGCGUGUGCGCAGUGUGCAUGCUUGUGUGUGUGCGUCGUUGUGCGCGUGUGUGUGUGUGUGUAGAUUGCAACCUCCUUGAUUUACAAUGAUCAGCGAAACAUGGCAAAAGAUUGUCAUUCCCAUUGCUGCAGUGCUCAUAUCUUGGAUCGCUCACACACUCCUCUUUCUCCUCUUGCGCUGGGCUGCUCGCAAGACGCCUUGGCCAUUUGAUGAUGAGUUGGUCUGUUACAGCAAAUGGCCGCUCUUUGUCCUGUUUCCAAUCAUUGCCGUCCUCGUUGCACUUGCAAACAUAAGUGUCGAUCCAAAUACCUUUGUCACGGUUCAGAGGAUCUUUAUCGUCCUGUUGAUUGCUGGGAUUGGCUAUUUGGCUUGUAACAUGGUGAGAUUGGCAGCUUUAACUCUUAUCCGCGCAAAUAAGGUCGAAUCUGAAAACAACCUCCACGCCCGCAUCGCUCACACCCAAGUCCAAGUCUUCAAACGUCUCUGCUAUGGCUUCAUCGCAGUCAUUUGCGCGGCUUGCAUCGUCUUCACCUUUCCCGCCGCAUGGCAAAUCGGAGCGUCUCUCCUUGCCUCAGCUGGAGUCAUGGGCAUCAUUAUUGGUAUCGCCGCAAAGCCUAUUCUCGAAAACUCUCUAUCAAGCUUGAUCAUUGCCGUCACACGUCCGAUUCUUCUUGAUGAUGAAGUCAUUAUUGAUGGAGAAUAUGGCCGGGUAGAAGCCAUUCACUCCAUGUAUGUUGUCGUCCGGACUUGGGACGCCCGUCGACUCAUUAUUCCCCUCUCCCGCAUCUUUACCUCAACAUUCGAAAACUGGUCCCGUCGCUCCCCCUGGAAAAUUGGAACUAUAUUUAUCUACCUUGACCCAUCCGUUCCCGUAGACGCCCUCCGCACAAUCUACAUGGACAAGGUCCUUCCCUCCUCGGGUGGACUCUGGGACGGCAAAGUGGCCAAUUGCGCUGUGACAGACGUGACAUCAGAUGGAUUCCUUCAAAUUCGCUUUCUAGCUUCCGCUCAAGACCCAUCCAAAGCAUUCGAUCUCCGGUGUCAUGUUCGCGAAAAAGUCGUGGAAGCAGUCCAACAGCGCUGGCCAUGGGCUCUGAUUCGUCAUCGUCUUGAAAUCUCCACAUCCAUGCCCAAACAUGUACUGAACGACGGAGACCGACUUGAUCCAUUGAUGAACCAACCCGUCCGACCACGGCCUCUCUCUGAUCAAGCAAGCCUGGAAACUAUUCGACAAACGAGCGAAAAAGUUCUUUUCGAUGGAUUGGCGCGAGGAAAUUUGGAUGAUGCUGGCCAUCAUGAUGGCGGACAGUAUGACGGUGGCCAUCAUCAGAACGUUGGUGCCGAACAUUCGUAGUUGCCUUGGACUUUUUUUUAAUUCCGGGAAAAAUGGGCUUGGUUGUGCAUGGAUCUUGAGGACUAUACCUAGAGCGUAGAAACUGUAUAUUAUUAUUAACAAUGGAGAAAACCACAAACCA